AUGUUUCGGCGAUUCUUCUCACGUCGUUUCGCAGAGGCUUCCAACUACUACCGUGCGGGUCCUCGGGAGUCCGUCGAGUCCCGUGCUCAGCGAUUCGGAACUUAUAGUUUUUUCCGCAACAAACGCGUCAUUGAUCUGAGUGAAAACCCCCGAGCAAAAUCCGCGUUAGAGGAAGCCUUGAAGGGAAGUAUGGAAAAAGCAGUCAAGGAAUUGCAGGAGCUCGGUGUUGAGGAUGAUUGUGGGCUAAUGAAAGGAUCGCUUUCUCAUGAUGCAGGUUUCGUCGGAAGAGUAUUUCAACGCCUUGGUCUGCUGCCGAGUAAUAUCAACUUGCGUUUGAUGACACCGAAUGACUUUAUGCGGAUGAUGCGUUUGAGAGCUAUGGAAGGGGAACCCCCAACGGGAACUGAUCUGGGAAAAGCAUAUUUUGUUCGGGAGGCGAAUUAUGAGUUCUUCGCUGAUUACACUUUGAAGAAUUUCAAAAUUGAGUGGGAGAAUCUCAAAGUUGAUGACAGGAGCUUCUCGUCACGGAAUAGUUCAGCUGUCCGGUCGAAGCUCGUGGACUAA